GCGACAGCAGUAGCGCCUAGCGCCUCCAUCCGCUGUUCUUCACGGCUCAAGAACGCGAGCCCGACAGCGCUCCACUGGGCACGAGAGCCCUGCGCCUCGGCCCGGCUAGCGCGGCCUUCCCUGAUGGGUUGUGCCUCCUCUGCAGCGCUACCUCGGGAACCUCCGCAGGUGGCUCCGCCGAGCCCACCAUACAUUCCGACAGAUCAGAAUCCACAGAGCGCCCAGUCCGCAGGGCCUCAGCCGAGCGCCAGGGAAGGAGGUGCACUGAAGACUGCACCCUUGGUGCGGAGCUUGGUGUCGCUGCGAAGGGACACCUGCUCUGUGGUUCAAGAAGACUCAGGACAGUGGUUUCUCAAAUUUGAGUUUGGGUCGCUGGCGACCGGCACUGCGACUGCUUCCUUUCUGGCCACUGUCGAGGAGGCGGAACAUCCCGCCUCCGUGCCAACGCCCUCAGCGUCGUCUACGGCCUCACUGCGCUUUGCAGCGGAGCGCCGGCAAUCCGGGCGGCUCUUCCUGUCUGCAGACCUCCCUGAAAGUCUGCGAAGCUUCGAUACGCAGGGUGGGCAUCAUGUAGUGCUUGACCUGCAAGCAGAUAGCGAGGACCCCUCGGCCGUGACGCGGCAGCGGAGCUUCUUGCGCCUCUCACCCGAAGGGGGCGAGGUGCAUGUUGAGAAGCAGCUCGUGCAAUGUGGGAACAUCAUUCGACCCUUGGAUGCGCUCUACGGCACCCUGCCGAAUCCAAGGAGCUCCAAAGCAGCUGAGAAGGCAGAUGAAGGCGGCGACUGUGUAAUUUGUCUCUCGAAUCCCCGAGAGGUUGCCAUACUGCAUUGUCGGCACGUGUGCCUCUGCACCAGCUGCGCCAAAGUCACCUCAUCCACGUGGUCCUUUCAGUGUCCUGUCUGCCGGGGUCGAGUGGCCGCGAUGGUGGGUCUCAGAGACGACAGCAUUCAACCACAACCGCCUCAUGCACUCUGAGUUUCACAAAAAGCAUCCAGAUAGAGUCACGGUUUCGUGCUUGAAGCUAUGUACUGAAAGACUGUGCGUACCACUAGAAUAUCAAGUUCCUUUUGCCUGACACUCCUGCGGCUGAACAACCUCGUGGAGAGCACCAGCAGUUGUGCCAGAGUUCUUUCUUUACACCCUGCAGCAGCCUUUGCACCUGGAGCUGGA